AUGUCGAGGAGGAUGGCAAGGAGAGAGGUAUUUUUACGGCUAUGUGCGUUUACUAUUGAAGCACCGACUGAUUUUGAGGUCGAAGUCACAUUGAACCUGCAGGAGAUGCCGCAAGGGUGUCACGGAUUACAAGACCGCGCACGCCAGAUCCCGAUUGCGAUGGUACACGAAUCUCCACGCGGUCGGGAGCGCGCAAUAUUCGCCAUCGCAGGACAUGUAGGCCUCGUGGACACAGCCACAAAGCAAGAUCAUACGGAGGCAAAGAAAAAAGCAAAGAACAUCCUCGCGGAGACACGAAAAUGCAAGGACACGUACUCUGAGCCACAAUGGUGGCGGGGCAACGUUCCCAAGGAGCCACGGUACCAGAAUGCGUUCGCUGACGAAUUCGCCGGCGUUGGCGCACUCGAGACCACGACAUCGCAUAGCAAGGGCUUAUUCCCGCCUUCCCAGAAGAUAGUGCCGACUGUAAAGAAUGGCCUAUCCGAGGCAACGCACGUCGUACAGGCAAGAGUGUCGAGUGUCGACUGCACGGUUAUCAAGGUGGAACAAGUGAUCAUCAAGGAGCCUAGACCCCAGAUAAAGACCGAAUAG